UUGGCAUCGGUGUUGCCGACAAAAUCCAUUCAGUCGCCGAGAAAACGUUGUCGUGAGCGGUUGUUUGUUAAUAAUCCGUAACAGCGCGCUCAAUAACAAUGUCGCGCGUGUACAAUCCUACCGACUAUGUGAUUGAAAAAUCUCGCAUUAAAUCAUUUGAUAAAUAUAAAGAGAUGCAUAGAAAAUCUCUAGAGGAACCUGAAGCGUUUUGGUCUGAAAUAGCUAAAGAUUUUUAUUGGCAAACCCCACCUCAGCCGGGGAAAUACGUAUCGUACAAUUUCGAUGUAACCAAAGGCGAUAUCUUCGUGAAAUGGAUGGACGGCGCAGUCACCAACGUCUGCUUCAAUCUUCUGGAUAGAAAUGUGAGGAACGGCUAUGGCGAUAAAAUUGCAUAUUAUUGGGAGGGCAACUGUCCCGAAGACUACAGCCGCGUGACUUACAAAAAACUAAUGGAUCUCGUCUGUCAAUUUGCGAAUGCUCUUCGUGAUAUCGGCGUGUCCAAAGGUGACAGAGUCUCCAUUUAUAUGCCAAUGAUCUUGGAGACGGUCGUCUGUAUGCUCGCCUGUGCUAGGAUUGGUGCCAUACACUCUGUCGUGUUCGCUGGCUUUUCGUCGGAUUCCUUAGCGGAGCGUAUGUCCGAUUGCAAGGCAAAGGUGCUUGUGACAUCUGAUGGAGCGUGGCGCGGCGAGAAGCUACUUGAAUUAAAGAAGAUUUGCGAUGAAGCACUGGACAAAGCCAAGAACAUACAUAAGCAUAAUGUUGCGAAGUGCGUCGUAGUAUCCCAUCUCGCACGUGUUACUCCUUGCGGAAAACUACCCGAUGAUCUCCGUACUUUGUACAACUGGAAUGAAGAAAAAGAUUUGUGGUGGCAUGAGAUUAUCGAAUCGCAGUCGACUAUUUGCCCGCCGGAGUGGAUGGACGCUGAAGAUCCACUUUUCAUGCUUUACACGAGCGGUUCUACGGGUAAGCCAAAGGGAGUUCUACACUCCACUGCCGGCUAUUUGCUCUACGCUACGGCUACCUUUCGCUACGUUUUUGACUAUCGCGACAAGGACAUCUAUUGGUGCACCGCUGAUGUGGGCUGGAUCACCGGACAUACUUAUGUCGUCUACGCGCCUCUUGCUAAUGCCGCCACCUCAGUUAUGUUCGAGGGCACACCUUUCUACCCUGAUAACGACCGCUACUGGUCUCUGGUGGAGAAGUACCACGUCACCCAGUUUUACACAGCACCCACCGCCAUCAGGGCACUUACCAAGUUUGGCGACGAACACGUCAAGAAGCAUAACAUGAAGACUCUCCGAGUGUUGGGUAGCGUUGGUGAACCUAUAAAUCCUGAAGCAUGGCUCUGGUACCACACCAUGAUAGGCAGCGGCCGCUGCUCGAUCGUUGAUACAUUCUGGCAGACGGAGACUGGUGGUCAUGUUCUCACCAGUCUGCCCGGCGCAACACCUAUGAAACCAGGCGCUGCGGGUUUCCCAUUCUUUGGUGUCCAGCCAACCUUGCUGGAUGAGAAUGGCAAAGAGAUCGAGGGUCCCGGUGAGGGUUACUUGGUGUUCUCCCGACCCUGGCCUGGCAUUAUGAGGACCCUGUUCGCUGACCACGACCGCUACGAAAAGGUCUACUUCUCCAAGUUCCCUGGAUACUAUUGUACUGGAGAUGGUGCCAAACGUGAUGAAGAUGGAUUCCUAUGGGUAACUGGUCGUAUUGAUGACAUGCUCAAUGUCUCCGGUCAUCUGAUGUCUACCGCUGAAGUAGAAAGCGUGUUGACUGAAGAGCCGAGAGUCUCUGAAGCUGCUGUCGUAUCCAAACCUCAUCCUAUCAAAGGAGAAUCACUUUACUGCUUCGUUAUACUCAACGAAGGAGCUAAAUUCGAUGCUGAUUUAGUCAACUCUCUUAAGAAACGGGUUAGGAACCGUAUUGGGGCAUUCGCCGCGCCUGAUGUUAUCCAAUAUGCUCCAGGUUUACCUAAGACUAGGUCUGGGAAGAUUAUGCGUAGGAUUCUGAGGAAGAUUGCUCUCGGAGAACGAGAUAUUGGUGAUACAUCAACUCUCGCCGACCCAAGUGUUGUUGACGAGCUCUUUAAGAAUCGACCUUAAGUUUUGGAAUAUUAAAAAUUAAUGCCGUUAGACCAUGUUCCUAUUUUUUUUUUUUAGAUUAGCUGAACG